AUGAGACUCCCCAAACUCCUCACUUUCUUGCUUUGGCACCUGGCUUGGCUGGACCUGGAAUUCAUCUGCACUGUCUUGGGUGCCCCUGACUUGGGCCAGAGACCCCAGGGGGCCAGGCCAGGAUUGGCCAAAGCAGAAGCCAAGGAGAGGCCCCCUCUGGCCCAGAACAUCUUCAGGCCAGGGGGUCACAGCUAUGGUGGGGGGGCCACCAAUGCCAGGGCAAAGGGGGGCACCGGGCAGACAGGAGGCCUGACACAGCCCAAGAAGGAUGAACCCAAAAAGCUGCCCCCCAGAUCCGGUGGCCUUGAACCCAAGCCAGGACACCCUCCCCAGACAAGGCAGGCUGCAACGCGGACUGUGACCCCCAAAGGACAGCUUCCUGGGGGUAAGGCACCCCAAAAGGCAGGAUCUGUCCCUAGUCCCUUCCUGCUGAAGAAGGCCAGAGAGCCUGGGUCCCCUCGAGAGCCCAAGGAGCCGUUCCGCCCGCCCCCCAUCACGCCCCACGAGUACAUGCUCUCGCUGUACAGGACGCUGUCCGAUGCUGACAGGAAGGGAGGCAACAGCAGCGUGAAGUUGGAGGCUGGCCUGGCCAACACCAUCACCAGCUUUAUUGACAAAGGGCAAGAUGACCGAGGUCCUGCAGUCAGGAAGCAAAGGUACGUGUUUGACAUUAGCGCCCUGGAGAAGGAUGGGCUGCUAGCGGCCGAGCUUCGGAUCUUGCGGAAGAAGCCCUCAGACACGGCCAAGCCAGUGGCCCCCGGCAUCGGGCGGGCUGCCCAGCUGAAGCUGUCCAGCUGCCCCAGCGGCCGACAGCCGGCAGCCUUGCUGGAUGUGCGCUCUGUGCCAGGCCUGGAUGGAUCUGGCUGGGAGGUGUUCGACAUCUGGAAGCUCUUCCGAAACUUUAAGAACUCAGCCCAGCUGUGCCUGGAGCUGGAGGCCUGGGAACGGGGCCGGGCCGUGGACCUCCGUGGCCUGGGCUUUGACCGGGCUGCCCGGCAGGUCCACGAGAAGGCCCUGUUCUUGGUGUUUGGCCGCACCAAGAAACGAGACCUGUUCUUUAAUGAAAUUAAGGCCCGCUCUGGCCAGGAUGAUAAGACCGUGUAUGAGUACCUGUUCAGCCAGCGGCGAAAACGGCGGGCCCCACUAGCCACGCGCCAGGGCAAGCGGCCCAGCAAGAACCCCAAGGCCCGCUGCAGUCGGAAGGCGCUGCACGUCAACUUCAAGGACAUGGGCUGGGAUGACUGGAUUAUCGCUCCCCUUGAGUAUGAAGCCUUCCAUUGCGAGGGGCUAUGCGAGUUCCCCUUGCGCUCCCACUUGGAGCCCACGAACCAUGCGGUCAUCCAGACCCUAAUGAACUCCAUGGACCCUGAGUCCACGCCACCCACCUGCUGUGUGCCCACGCGGCUGAGCCCCAUCAGCAUCCUCUUCAUUGACUCUGCCAACAAUGUGGUCUAUAAGCAGUAUGAGGACAUGGUCGUGGAGUCUUGUGGCUGCAGGUAG